AUGGUGGCUGCCGCUAUUCGCCCGAUAUCCCUUCGUCUAUUCGUGCUGGUCCUGACUCCAUUUAGCCGGGUGUCCUUAGGCCUGCUCAUUCCCCAACUUCUGCCCCAGUUCUCCAAACAAGAUCCCGGUGUCUCGUUCCUCACGCGCCAACGCGAACCGACCACCAACGAACCAGCCGAACAGCCCAACCCCGAAGAUGCACCCACCGAAACAAUGAUAGCCACCCCGACAAGCCCAUGCGGCGCAGACGCCUGCACCAAGCCAGGAACCCUCGCAUGCUCGAGCUGCGAAAAGCCCAAACCCCAAUACUGCAGCGCCGCAUGCCAAAAACAACCCUGA